AGCAGAAUACCCUCGGCAAACUCGAUGGAACGCCAGAAGAAGCUUUCCUUCGUCACUUUGAUAAUCCUGCUAUCCGGUGUGGCGGCUGACCCUGAAGGGCCAAGCACCCGCGGCACCAUUCUCUUCGGUACUUUGGAGCGGUCAAGCUAUUACUUCGACGUCUACACCCUCCCGAUUCUGGACUCCCAAUUCAACGGCGGAAGCGAUGAGCUCAAGAUCACUGACAGCCACUCCAUCAACUACAACGGCCAUUUUCCCUCCGCGUCCUCAUUAUCCGCGCUGCUCUCUUUCCUACCCAAUCAAACGCUCGCCACAACCCCAGCGCAGCCGCCUCUCCAGCUGAUCUACGUCUCCGAGCGAAAUGGGUCUUCAACCAUAUUCUUCGACGCUCUGUAUUUCGGCGUUUCCGAUCACUCCAGGAGAAGAUCGACCCUGGAAGUUUCGAAUCGGGUUCAGGUCCCUUUGGUGGGUGUUCAACAAUCCAACGGUCUGAUUGGGAUGAAGGACAGGCCCAACGUGGUGGGCGAUUACUUGGUCUAUGUUUCCACUCACCAGAACUCGGGCGUGCCCAGGAAGAGUUGGGCUGCUGUGUACUCCACUCACCUCAGAACCGGGUCGACCCGGAGAUUGACGCCUCGUGGGGAGGCCGAUUUCAGUCCCGCCGUGUCGCCGUCGGGGGUCUGGACGGCGGUCGCUUCGUCUGGGAGGAGAUGGAGCGGUGAAGAGCAAGAGCUUUAUACUGAUAUCUAUGUUUUCAGAACUGAGGAUGGGUCUGACCGAGUCAAGGUGGUGGAGCACGGUGGGUGGCCGAGUUGGUCUGAUGAGUCGACUCUGUACUUUCAUAGGAAGAGCGACGAUGGGUGGUGGAGCAUCUACAAGGCCAGUCUUCCGAAGAGCGGACCAUUCGGUGUGGACUCAGUGGUCACUGAGCGAGUCACCCCACCAGGCCUCCAUGCUUUCACUCCGUCAGCUUCGGUGGCCAAUAAGAGCUUCAUUGCCGUUGCAACCAGGCGACCCAAUUCAAAAUAUCGCCACAUAGAGCUGUUCGAUGUUGCUUCCAAAGAGUUCGUGGAGGUCACUCGCCCCAUUUCUCCUAUGGCCCAUCACUACAACCCAUUUAUCUCCCCUGAUUCUACUCGGGUUGGAUACCAUAGAUGCAGAGCUCGAGAUAAUGGAAGAAAAGGUGAUCAUUUGUUACUGGAAAACAUCCAGACCCCACUCCCAGGAGUUUCUGUAUUUCGCGUUGAUGGCUAUUUUCCUUCUUUCUCCCCCGACGGCGACCGAAUUGCAUACGCGCAGUGGCCGCAUGAUGUGGGUUUGUACGUAAUAAACCGGGAUGGGUCGGGUCUCCGAAAACUCUUCACCGGGCAGGACGGGACCAAAUUGGCCUUUGGAAUGGUUUGGGAUCUGAAACGAAAGGGUGUUUUAUACGCUAGCAUUGGUCCCAUCUUCGGCUCAGAAGGCGAUAAAGUUGAUGUUAUCUCUGUCAAUAUCGACGACGAAGAACCGAGCUUCAAUAAACUGACCACCGGCGGAGAAAACAAUGCAUUUCCGGCGCCGUCACCCGAUGGCAAAUGGGUCAUCUUCCGAUCGGGUCGUUCGGGUCACAAGAACCUGUACAUUAUGGACGCUCUAGAAGGUGAGAAAGGUGCGUUGUAUAGACUCACGGACGGUCCAUGGACCGACACAAUGCCCAAUUGGUCGCCCGACGGUAACUGGAUUGUCUUCUCAUCAGACCGGCACAAUCCUGGUUCGGGUAGCUUUGCAUUGUACAUGAUUCACCCCAAUGGGACGGGGCUCACAAAGCUGCUACAAAGUGGGUCCGGUGGACGUGUCAACCACGGGUGGUUCAGCCCGGACAUGAGUCACAUAAUUUUCACGACCGACUGGGCCGGAGUAUCAUCGGAACCAAUCUCAAACCCACAUCAUUAUCAACCGUACGGCGAAAUCUUCACGAUGAAACUGGACGGCACCGGAAUCACCAGGCUGAGUCACAACUCGUACGAGGACGGGACCCCAUCUUGGUCCCCAAUACAAGUGGGGCCCGUCGACGUGGCCCACCCGACGGAACCACAGUGCACAAUCAGAGACUGUAACUGGCUGAACGAUUCGCCAACCAGUUGGGUUGACUCAGAACGCUCGCUGUCAACUCGGCCAGAAUGUGCUCGCUGAUUUAGGAUUUAAACACCGCCGAAAUAAUCAUUUUCUAGGCUGUAAAAUUGGAAUGGGGUUGGAUAGGAUCUUCUUUCAGUCUUCUCUUCUUGCAGUUUAGUGUACCUUGUGAUAUGGGAUUGUAUUUAUUUUAAUUUUCUAUUGUUAAAAUAAAAACUAAAUAUUGUCUUUUAUAAA